AUGCGUGUAUAUGUGUUUGCAUAUGUAUGUCUGUUUGCAUAUGUACCAACCUACAUAUUUAUGUAUACAAUGUAUGUAUGUAUGUAUAUGUGUGUGUAUGUAUUUAUGUAUGUAUGUACGUAUGUAUGUGUGUCAACAAUAAUAUCAAUAAAAAUGGUUAUAUUAAUAAUUAAUUUCAUUAAUAUGAAACACCUGAAUAUAUAUAUAUAUGUAUAUACAUAUAUAUAUAUAUUUAAAUAUAUAUACAUAUAUAUAUAUAUUGCCUUAUGUAUAUAUCAUGCAGUAUACAUACAUACAUACACACUUAUAUAUGCAUAUUUUCAUUUAUAUAUAUAUGUGCUCAAAUAUUGUUGA